AUGCAACUACACAAAAUGCCGUCAGAAUCUAAACCUUUGUUGACAGCUCAAACAGAGAAGCCCAACCAUUAUUCGUAUCUUAAAGAAUUUCGCGUCGAACAAUGUCCGCUCUUCUUGCAACACAAAUGUACUCAACACAGACCUUUCACUUGUUUUCAUUGGCAUUUUAUGAAUCAAAGACGACGUAGACCUGUGAGAAAACGGGAUGGAUCUUUUAAUUAUAGUGCUGACAAUUAUUGCACGAAAUAUGAUGAAACUACUGGGCUCUGUCCUGAGGGAGAUGAGUGUCCCUAUCUCCACCGCACAGCUGGAGACACAGAGAGGCGCUACCACCUGCGCUACUACAAGACCUGCAUGUGUGUUCAUGAUACAGACACACGUGGUUUCUGCGUCAAGAAUGGCCCUCACUGUGCCUUUGCACACGGCAACCAGGAUCUGCGCCCUCCCGUGUACGACAUUAAAGAGAUACAGGCUCUGGACUGUUCAGAUGGAGACAACGCGUCUUGUAAUGGACCAAACGUUCUCGACAAGGAACGCAACCUGAUGAAUGAGGAUCCCAAAUGGCAAGAUACAAAUUACGUUCUCUCGAGCUACAAGACGGAGGCUUGCAAGCGGCCACCCCGCCUGUGCAGACAAGGAUACGCCUGUCCUCAGUACCACAACAGCAGAGAUAAGCGCAGAAGUCCUCGCAAGUUUAAAUACAGGUCGACCCCGUGUCCCAACGUGAAGCAUGGUGAUGAGUGGGGAGAGCCGGGCAACUGUGAGGCAGGAGACCUCUGUGGCUAUUGUCACACCAGGACUGAGCAGCAGUUCCACCCAGAGAUAUACAAGAGCACACGCUGCAACGAUGUGCAGCAGGCAGGGUAUUGCCCGCGUGGCGUGUUCUGCGCUUUCGCACAUGUCGACCAGGAGAUGAGUAUCGCACGAGAGCUAGCCGCGCCUCUAGACGCUGGUACAAACUUGGCAGAUAUAUUGUCCAAUGUGCUGCCCAAGAGAGAUCAAAAGUCCAGCGAGUCAUCGAACGGUAGUGGGGAAGUAUCCGAAUGUGCCAGCACCAGCAGUAUUGGGUCUAACAGUUCCAGCAAAGCCCCAGGGGCAAACCGCCACUCUUUCACACAUCAACCCCAGCAUGAGGCUAUACAACAGGAAAUCAUCCGUAAACAGCUGAAGGCAAUAGACAGUGAUCCGAUGCUAGACAUAAUCGAGAAGUCGCAGAAAAAACAGGCAUUGUUGGUAGCACUGAACAUGAACAUGGCUGCCAGCCAUCAGCAGAGUUUGCUUCCCCUGUCCCCGCACUAUCACAGUCCCUUCACGUGCGACUCUGUUAUGGGCAAUGCGCUAGAAGACCUUCACCUCGAUGAACCAUUGGGAUUGGUUGAUUCGAUACAUCGAGAUUUUGAAACAGACUCUCCCACCAUCUCUAAUUCGAUAUCUGCUGGCUUAGCCAACUCUGGUAUACUGGGAGGCUCGGCUCCUGUCAACAUCCCAGGCAGUGGACACAACAGUCUCAGCAACUUCUCACCCUCCGCCUCCUCCCCUCUUCAUCAUCUGCACUCCGGAUUCCUGUCUGCCUCCCGGUUCUCCCACCAGGACACUCUGGACUCGAGUGGAGUGUUCAUGGGCAGUAUGGGCAAGCUUGCAGGCUACGACCACUUCAACAUGUCUCCCAACUCUCAUUCACCACUCAUCAACAACUUCUCCGUCAGUCCGAGGAUAGGCAGCGGAAGCUAUGAUGUGGCCAACAGAAACAAGCUGUUGUCGUGGGAUGAGAGGAUGAGUCAGGCGAGGGCUGCGUGGCAGAGAGAGUGUGAGGAAGCUCAGAGGAAGGCCAGCAUUGCAGAGCAGCAGCGAGACGAGGCGAUAUCGCAAGCCAAGGCUCUGCAGCAGGAGGUGGACCUGCUACAAGGCUCGCCCUACCUGCACGGCCUGCGGAGGAUCUCAGAACUGAGGAAUCUGUCUCUAGCUACUCUCAAGAGUCUGCAGUCUCAGCUGAGAAGUGACUUGGAAGAGAUAGAAAAGGUGCUGUAUCUGCAGACAGCCACCAAGUGUAUGGUGUGUGAAGAGCGCAAUCGCAGCGUCACGUUGGGGCCGUGCAACCACUUUGUGUUGUGCAACGUGUGCGCGCCAGGACAGCAAGACUGCCCCUACUGUCAGACGCCAAUCAUCGCACACAGCAAUCACAAUAGUUUGCAGGCACCACAGACGUAAAGAGAAGAAGUGUAGUGACGGAUGUGAGACGGUUGGAACACGGUAAAAUAGAAACAGGAGAGUUAGGGCACAUGGCUUUAUAACAAAUAUUUUCCUCGGUAAUAUUGCAAAUUUUUAGGUUGUGUUUAAAGACAUGCAGGACAUAAUGAACUAGGUGUACGUAGGAGGUGUACGAGUAUAGGCAUAUACUUAAAUAUUCCAUUUCUUUUAACUUAUUGAAAUUAAUUAGAAUAAAGGUAUAUUAGUUACUGGAUAACUUUGUAAAAUUGUGAUUUUGUAUUUUCAUAGUUUUCCUCUCUUAAAAGGCCAAAGAAACAAAGACAUUUGCU